GCUCAGAGUGAAUGUCAUAUAAGUUAACCUAUAAUACAGAUCCUGUUUUUAAUUUUGAUAAUAAAUUCAAAUUUAACAUUAUUUACUGAAUUGACAAUUUAUAUUAAAUUGACUUCCUUUCCAUUUCCCUCCCAACAUAAAUCCCCGAAAAUAUUGGGAUAUUUAUAGUUUGAAAAUUUCUCCAAUCAAUAUGUCUGAAAAAAAAAUAACAGCAUACAGAAACGAUAGUACUGUUAACGGAGAGGAAUUUGUCUUGCCUAACUCUUGGGAAGAGUUUAAAAAUGAGAUAUACUUAAGACUGAAUAUAGCUCCUGAAAGAAUUUUCUUAAACGAUGGAACAGAAAUAAAAGAUAUUGCCCUUAUACGACAUAAUGAUGAAUUGUAUAUCUCAACAGGUGAAGAUUUCGUGAAACCAAAAAAUAAAAAGCCUUCAGAUUGGAUUACAUUGAAUGUUGGUGGAAAGUAUUUUACGACAUCAAGGUCUACAUUGACAAGCAAGGAACCAACUAGUAUGCUUGCUCGAAUGUUUGCCAACAAUGAGGAUAAUUAUCUAUUCAUUCCUAGUAAUGUGGAUGCCAAUGGUGCUUACCUAAUAGAUAGAAGUCCCACUUAUUUUGAGCCUAUCCUUAAUUACCUAAGAAGUGGUCAUUUGAUCUAUGACACACAUGUUAAUCCAGAUGGUAUAUUACAAGAAGCAAAAUUUUUUGGCAUUGAUUCAAUUAUUCCCCAAUUGGAAAAUUUGAGAGUUCAGACUAAUGAUGUUCCUUUAACCAGGAGAGAUGUGAUAGAUGCACUCAUUAAAAGUCCAUGCACAUCCGAGUUGAGGUUUCAAGGUGUCAAUUUGGCUGGAGCCGACUUAAGCAAGCUAGAUUUAAGAAACAUUAAUUUUAAAUAUGCCAAUAUGCAAAAGUGUAAAUUGACUGGAUCCAACCUAAGUUUUUGUUGUUUAGAAAGGGCAGAUUUAUCCUACACUAAUAUAGAUGGGGCUCAGCUUUUAGGAGUUAAAGGUCUUUGUGCUAAUUUCAAAGGGGCUUCAAUGAGAUGUUGCAACUUCAAGGAUCCAGCGGGUUCUAGAUCUAACAUGGAGGGAGUGAAUCUGAAAUUUGCAGAUUUAGAAGAGAGUGAUAUGUGUGGAGUUAACUUGAGGGUGGCCACCCUGAAAAAUGCUAACCUUCAGAAUUGUAACUUGAGAGCUGCUGUAUUGGCAGGUGCAGAUCUAGAGAAGUGUGAUUUGUCUGGCAGUGAUCUGCAUGAAGCGAAUCUACGUGGAGCAAAUUUAAAAGAUGCCACAUUUGAGCUAAUGCUAACGCCACUUCAUAUGUCUCAAGCGAUUCGUUGAACUGUUCAUUAUCCAGAGUUAUAGCCACAUAAAUGAUAGAUUUUCCCUACCAAUUUAAAAAUGUACUAAGCUGAGAAAUUUUAUAUUGUGUUGGGUUUUUUUGUACUCUUUAUAAUUGUUAUUUUAAAUAUUCAUAUAAAUUGUGGGUUCUAUCUUUGGUUUUAAAUUUUUGUUUAAACAUUGGCUUCGGCUCUAUUGUUAAAUGCUGUAAAUACUUGUUCAUAAUUAUUUAUUUUCUUAUAAUUUUCAUAUUUUAUGAAUUCGAUAUAUAAAACAAACUAGACUAGAAUUUAAUAAAACAUCAAACAUU